CACUCAAAUGCCUUCUUUUACUCCGCAAAUAAACAAAAAAUCUCAAUUAAAACCAAAAAUUUAAAAAAUAAGUGUGUUAAAUUACUAAUUUUUCAUCCAUUUUUCCUCAUUUUUAUGUUAGUGCAGUAAAAAUUCAGUCAAAAAUCGCUAAAAACAACAAAAAAACAUGGGUCGUGUGCACAACAAACGUUCUUUUUCGGAAGCAGAGAUCCGCACGUUGCUCGUUUACGCCUUCAAUUCAAACCAAAUCGAUCAUGAAACAGGCAAAAUUAAAAAAUACCGCCUUCGGGACAUUCUAAGAUCGAAAUUGCAGUGCAAAGAACUGAAUGUGCUGGAUGUUGACAUUAUUGGGCACGUGUUGAACGCCCAUGGCUACCUACUGAAUUGCCCGAAAGAGGAAAAAAUGUUUAUGUUUGACGUGAAAAAGUUGGAAGAGAUGGCUGAAAGUGCUCGAAAAAUGUCGGAAGCCAAGCAAGAAAUGAUCAACAACAGUGAAAAUCCCGCAACGUUCGAGUACAUAAAAACGAUCAAACGUGCCAAGAAACACGAUUUUCGGAAUCUAAUUGGAAUGGGAGUGCCCAUUUGUGUUGUCUGUAGCAAAUGUUUGUUCAUCAAUGGAGGUCGGAAUCACAUCGACGAAAUACAUGGCAAAACCUUCGAUUUUCCCGAGAUAAAAGGUCAUACGCCAGUAAAGCAACUUUUCACCCUCGAAUAUCUCGUUGACGGAAGUUGCUUCAUUGUGAAAGUCAAAAAUUUGUAUCGCAAGGGUUUCAUUUUGAACCAAGUGCAGUUAGUUUACGACACAAAUCGCAUCGCAAUUCUCGAAUACGAUUGGCCAUGUGUCAUCAGUGAAGACGAAACGCUCGAACUGAUUGUCAAUCAACAUUAUUUCAGUGAUGCUGGCGGCACGUAUUCGUUUAUUAUCCAUGCCGAGCGCGUCAAAGAGUACAUUGAGCAACAUCACUUGAUAAUUCGGAACCCUUUGCCAGAUGUGAUCUCGUUGAAACGUUCCAUUGUCCCAAAAACGGAGCAUAAAGUGCAAAAAACGUCAUUUCUCCCAUUUUAUACCUCCGAUAAAAGUAUCUUGCAACUUUUCACGGAUGACUUUCUCUUCCGGGAUGGCGUGAAAAACUUGGAUGUCUCAAAAAUCAAAACUUACCAAACGCUGAUCAAAUUUAAACACGGCGAUUAUCAACUUACGCAGGAAAAUUACACGGAAGUGUUGAUGUUGUUGAACGAAAUUGAGGAUUUGUUCAUCGGAGCAAAGUUGGAUGAGUUUUCUAUUGAAGAUGCAAGAGUUAAAUAUUAUUAUAGGAACAAAGCAAUUGAUAUAAACGACGUUCCCGACAUCCCCGACAUCGAAUCCGGCGACACAAUGAUCCUCUACAACGCCCUGGACGAGAACAUCAAACCGAUUGAAUGCAUGGUUGUCAAAAUCUACGACGGUCAUAUCAUUUUUCGCCCCUUCCGGAAUCAAGCAAGCACCACUUUAUGGACUCCGUACAAAAUCAAGUUCCGCAAAGAUCGUACAGUGAUCCGCAUGGGUCAACAUGCCCUCACAAAAGUUCAACCAGAGAUCGUUGACAAGAUUCUCUUUCCAAAAACGUGCGGCACUCCAAGCGAAAAGUACGUUUGUUACGACUGGUUCAGCGAGGGCAUCAAAACAAACAACGAACAGCAACAAGCAGUACGAAAUAUCGUCCAUGGAUCAUCAUUUCCCGCACCUUAUAUUGUUUUCGGACCUCCUGGCACGGGAAAAACUUCAACUUUGGUCGAAGCGAUCGCUCAAAUCUGGAAACAGCAACAAAAGAAACACAUUUUAGUGACGGCAUCAUCAAAUUAUGCCUGUGACGAGAUCGCUACUCGCUUGAUAAAGUACAUUCCGACGACAGAUAUGUAUCGAUACUACUCGCGAUGUGCUUUGAACAAGAUCGACGACAUCCAAGACGAGUUAAUUGUCAUUUCGAAUCUCACUUCAGGGUUUCACGAUCAUCCAUCGAUCCAUGAGUUGUACCAUUAUCGCAUCAUUUUGACGACUUUAACCACUGCAGGUCGUCUCGCGCUCAACGGCAUGAAGAAAAACUUCUUUGACUACAUUUUCAUCGAUGAAGCGGGAAGUUCUUCCGAAGCCUCAGCAAUAAUUCCAAUUUCUCUCCUCAUCUCGAUGCAAAAACCGUGCAAAACUAAUAUCGUUAUCGCUGGCGAUCCAAUGCAACUUGGUCCAAUUAUUCAUUGUAAAUUUGCGGAAAUCUUCGGAAUGGGAAAAUCCAUGCUGGAACGUCUCAUGGAAAUGGAUUUGUACAAACCGGAUCCAAUUACGAAGUUAUAUAACGAAGCCGUCAUCACGAAAUUGUUGAAUAAUUACCGUUCGCACAAAGAUAUUCUCCAUUCGGCGAACGAACUUUUUUACGCAGGAGAAUUAAUUCCAAAGGCAGGUCCAGAAAUCACGGAUUUAGCUGUCAAAUGGCAUUUAUUGCCGAAUAAAAACCUUCCUGUCAUCUUCCAUGCCGUUGAAGGACACACACAACGCGAAACAAAUUCCUUCAGUUUGUUCAACCAAAAGGAAGUGUCGCAAGUCAUCUUUUACGUGCGUGAAAUCAUCAAAAAUGGCAUCAACGGUGAAGGCAUUCCCGUUGGCGAAAUCGGAGUCAUUUCCCCGUAUCGUCGCCAAUGUCAGGAACUCCGUUCGAACUUUAAGCGGUACGGUUGGAAGGACAUCGAAGUCGGAAGUGUCGAGCAAUUCCAAGGACAAGAAAAAAAAGUCAUCAUUUUAUCAACGGUUCGUUCGUUCACCAAAAGUAUCGGCUUCCUGGAUAACCCGAAACGACUAAAUGUCUCCAUAACUCGUGCCAAAGCCUUGUUAGUAGUCGUUGGAAAUCCAUAUACGCUUCAGCUGGAUCGCAAUUGGUUCCAUUUGAUAAAAUUUUGCAAGGAAAAUGGGGCAUGUGCUGGUCCAGAUUUCGAUUUGAGACCCCCCAGUGGCGAACAUGUCGAUGAUAAUGAUCAACCAAUCGAGACUUAUGAGGAAAAAAUUGGAGCUACAUUCAAAUCGUUGAUUGAACGCAUCGAACAGUUGACGAUUUCAACGGAAAAAGUCCCCGAUGAUGCUGAAAAAAAUAAUUUUUAAUAAAAAAUGAAGUAAUUUUAGAGGAAAUAAUGUAAAAUUGUAUGAAAAAAAAUGAAAUUUUGUAACUUUAGUCUUUAGUUGUCUCUGUUGAUGGAGAAAAAAUUGAAUAAAAAUCAAAAAAUUUUAGUGUAA